UCCCGCCCCCAAACUAAUCAAUCCAGGCCCAUCUCUUGCCCGGCGAGGCUAGGGCUCCGAUAGUCGGGCGCCAUGGCGGCGGGUGACGGCGGCGACACGGUGGCUGUGCCAACGGAAAUCGCCGCGCUCCGGCUGCGCGUACUGGAGUUGGAGAGGGAGAACCAGAGGCUGGCCCAGAUUGCUUCCACCUGUAGCUGCGGCUCCAAGGAGGACAAUAUACCGCCUUCUUUAGUUGAGAACCGUGAUCAGCAAGUACAGAAGAAUGUGAAAUCACAGAAAAGUAGAAUCUCAGACUAUGACGUAAGCCUUCCGUUCGAUCACAUGAUGAUAUCUACUGAAAAUCAAGUACUGUGUGAUGUUAAAGGGGAAGGGCAUGAUGAUUUAUCUAAAAUUCGAAGGAAGCAUUCUAAAAGAACAGGUCACCAAGUAGGGAAUGUAAGCCACUGCCAAAAGCGACUAAUUGCUCUGAAAAUCAUGUACUUUGGCCAGAGAUUCUAUGGCUUUGCUUCAGAAGCCCACACAGAGCCAACGGUCGAGUCUGAGAUAUUCAAAGCACUUGAAAGAGCAAGAUUACUGGUUGGAAGUAUUAAAGAUGCAUGCUAUUCUAGGUGUGGAAGAACUGACAAAGGAGUUUCUGCUACUGGACAGGUAAUCUCCUUAUAUUUGCGAUCAAAUUUUAAAGAAGCAGGAGGGAAUGUAUUGGGUGAAAGAUCUGAAAUCGAUUAUGUAAGUGUAUUGAAUAGAAAUCUUCCACGAGAUAUACGUGUAAUAGGUUGGUGUCCAGUUUCAGCAGACUUUCUCGCAAGAUUCUCCUGCUUGGGUAGGGAAUAUAAGUACUUGUUUUGGAAGGGGGGCUUGGAUGUAUCGAAAAUGCAGGAAGCUGCAUUUAAAUUCAUCGGGGAACAUGACUUAAGGAAUUUCUGUAAGAUGGACGCAGCAAACGUGAGCAACUACAAGCGAUGCAUUACAGAUUUUACUAUUUCUGCGUGUGACCAAAGGUCCAACCAUGAUGAGCUAUGGUCCAUGAAUAUCAGGGGUAGCGCCUUUCUGUGGCAUCAAGUUCGUUGCAUGGUAGCUGUUCUUUUUCUUGUAGGUCAAGGCCUUGAAUCACCUUGUGUAGUUGAUUCAUUGCUGGAUAUUACCAAGACACCUAGAAAACCUCAAUAUACAAUGGCACCAGAGCUCCCAUUGAUUCUACGAUCUUGUCUAUUCGAUAGAGUCAAUUUCAUGUGUUCAUCAGAUGCCAGUCAGGCUUUGAUUGAACACUUGAAGGAUGAAUACCAUCAGUAUAUGCUCCAAGCUGCCAUAUUUGAUGAGGCUUUGACCUGUUUGUGUAUUCCAGAUGUCAAUGCAGAGGCUAAUCCAUCUGAAUCCCCUAAGAAGAAGAGAAAACAUAUCCCUCUCCUGUCACGGGAAACAGAACCUUCUUACGAGGAACGCAGAGCAAGAGUCAAAGCUAAGUCAGCAACGUGUAGUUGAGUGGCAACUUAAGUAGCACAUUAAGAGUUUGGCCUUUGAAGAUCGGUGCGGCUGACUGGCUGAGUGUGAUAGUCAUCUAGCAUCAAGGGGCAAUCUCCUCACCGCAACAUCUCCAAGAAGCUUUUGUUCUUACCGUGUAAUGUGACAGGCUAAAGUGUUACAUUUGGGACGGGGAUUUGACAAAAGAAGUUCAUCAUUCUGCUGUGCUUCAAGCUUUGGCACCCUUUGCUACCUGCCAGCCUUCGGACAAGCCUUGAUAACUGCGCCCCGCUUCCCGUUAUCAGCGUUACACCGCGCUGUCUUGUUGUUGCCAACUUACUAUUGCUAUGCGAUCAAGCAGAAGUUGGGUCGCUACAAGGUAGAAUCAUUUUUUGAUUUCUCAAGCGGCAAUGCUUGGUCCCUUUCCUUGUAUUGCUUUUGUACCAUCGAUGGGCUGCAAGAUGGCCACUUUUUAUUUUGCAUUUGUGCAGUGUCAGUGUGUCGUGGUGGUGGCUCGUACCAUUUCUUUUUUCUUAGGCCUGAAAACAUCUCGUGAUGUCCUCCAAAAGAUCCAUAAAUUCUGAAAUGCCAGGUGUUCUAGUUUUGAUUU